AUGGAGAGAAUUGAAGUAGGAAUGCAUGUGGACAUCAAAAGGUCCGAUGGGAGAGUCCAUUCUUCUGUUGUAACGGAAUUAAAGCCGGAAAAACGUGUUGUCAUGGUAGAAUGGUUUGAAAAUGGUGAAACCAAAGGAAAGGAAAUUGAUAUUAACACUCUUUUACUAAUCAACCCAACUUUAAGAAAGAAAGAACCUAAAAUAGACUACAAAGCCCCUGCUUCUCACGUUCAAUCUUUCAUGGAGGAUGAGAAUGAUGAAAAUGAGACAUUAGACGAUAUAAAAAUUCCUCCCCGAAGAAACAUGCCUGUUCGUCCAGAGCCUACCAGACUUCCUCCGAGACGAUCACAUGUAUUUACAAGCUCUGGGUCUGCAUCAGAUGUAAGCAAUGAACCUGCUCCUACUCAAAUUAUGCCAAGCCAGUCGAAGAGUAGGCUUCAGCCACCAAGACCAGGUAUUUCCCGCAUGCAAUUCACUAGUGGACCUUCUAGUACUGUGUCUACUCCAGUAGAAUUGAAUCGUACUUUGUUAGCACAAUCAGCCGAACAUAUAGAGGCUGACACCACUAUAGUUGAUAAUGAUCAUAAAGCAAAAGGCUCGACCCUACAAAAUGUGGAGAAACUGCAGAAAGAUAGAGAAGAGCGAAGGGCUCAGCAGGACCGUGCUCGGAAACAAAAAGAGAUGGAGAAAGCUGUUGAUCCUGUUAUAGCUAACAAUCCAUUUUACAGUAUGAUUAGAGAGUUCCGAGCGAAUAUCGAUUAUCGUCCUUUGAAAAUGACAGACGCUGUAGUCGACUCACGAAUUUCUGUUUGUGUCAGGAAACGUCCUCUCAAUAAGAAAGAGACAACUAAAAAAGAAAUUGAGGUGAUAACAAUCCCUAACAGAGACCAUCUGAUUGUUCAUCAGCCUCAAGUCAAAGUUGAUUUAACUAAGUUCUUGGAGAACCAGAAGUUCAGAUUCGAUUAUGCUUUCGACGAAAAUACUCCUAAUGAAAUGGUUUAUAGAUUCACUGCGCAACCUUUGGUCAAAACAAUUUUUGAAAAGGGUUUUGCAACUUGUUUCGCCUAUGGUCAAACUGGGUCUGGAAAAACCCAUACUAUGGGUGGUGAUUUCCAAGGAAAAAACCAAAACUGCUCGGGAGGUAUCUAUGCGCUGACUGCGACGGAUGUUUUUAAAACCCGAAAUAGAGAGUUUAGAAACAAGAAGCUCCAAGUGUUUUGCUGUUAUUUUGAAAUCUACGGUGGAAAAGUGUUCGAUUUAUUGAAUGACAAAGCUCUUUUGAGAGUACUGGAAGAUGGAAAGAAAGAAGUUAAUGUGGUCGGGUUGAAAGAAGAAGAGGUGGACAAUGAGGAAGAUGUGCUGGAUUUGAUUCGCCGUGGAACUGAGUUAAGAACUGCAGGAGCCACUUCUGCCAACUCAAACUCGAGUCGUUCUCAUGCAGUUUUCCAGAUUAUAUUGAAACAGUAUGUUCAGUCAUCAACUUGCAUGAUUGCUAUGAUAAGUCCGGGUAUGUCUUCCUGUGAGCACACUCUGAACACACUUCGUUAUGCUGACAGAGUGAAAGAGUUAGGUUGUGACGAAGGAAGCGGGUCCACUCCAAUGGACGAUGAAGAGUUUAUGCUACCUAAGGAGGAGGAUGAUGAUGAAGAAGAAGACUUAACUUUGAUUUGCAAAAGAAGCGGAUUGCAAGGUAGUGAUCUCGAAAAGAUGAAAUUGCAAAGCAAAAUUGAAGACUCUGAAUCGCAAACUUUGGAGAGUCAUGCCGACCUGCAACAUACUUUGGAAGGUAUAGUUUCGAAAUCAAGAACUCUGAUGGCUUCAUCCAGAAAGAGUGAUUAUUGCUUCGAAGAUUAUUGUAAGAAUGCCCUCAUGCUGAAGAAAGAGAUUAUAAAAUCGGUUGAGAAGUUCGGAGAUGAUUUGGAAAAGUCAAUGAAGUUACUACAAAAAGAAGCCGAACUGAAUUCCAAACCUCAAACGAAUGGUAAAAGGAAAUAG